UAUCAAUUUACAUUAGCAACAUAAGCAAUUAGCAGCAGAAGAUUUUGUAAUUCGAAAGCUAUCAUGGCGUUACCCGAGGGACUUGCUGGCAAAAUGAAGACCUUCCAGGCUCACAAUGACAUGCCUGUGUUUCUGAAAGGAGGACCACCGGACAAGGUUCUUUUUGGCAUCACGGUUGGCUUGUGUGGUCUUGGCUUGGUUAGCAUUGUUCACAUGAUUUACACAAUGGGAUUUGCUAAAAAGAAGGCAUAAUCUUAUGCCAGUGAAAUCGCUGGAUAAACAAAUAGAACCUAAAUAGUUUACUGUGUACGUGUUCUUGCUAAAUGACAUAACAAGUUAGAGCAAUAAAAAAGCAAUGAAAUUUAAA